AAAAGGAAAAGAAAAGAGAAGAGGGAGAGAAGGGGAAACCCUAGCCGCCGCCGCCAAUCUCCACCGCCGCCGCCGCCGUCGCACGCCGCCGCAAGCCAGCCAUCGUAGAAGCCGCGUCGUACCGCGUCCGCCAGCCGAAGGAGCCGCGCCGCUUCGAUCUGAGGCAGGUCAGCCGAAACCCGUCGCGUCCCGAAGCCGAAUCCACCUCUGCGCCGAACGCGUCGCGAAGCCGAGAUCCAUCUCCACGUCGAAGCCGCGUCGCCAGCCAUCGUCGUCUGCAUCCGAGCCGCGAACGCGUCUGCAAAUCCGAGCCGCGAACGCGCCUACACCCGAGCCGUAUCGAAGCCGCGAACGCGCCCGCCUCCAGCCGACGAACGAACCCGAACCCGGAACCGCCCGCGCGCUCGAACCUGGAACCGCCCGCGCGCCCGAACCCGGAACCGAACCCGCGCCCGUGCCACACGUGCCUGACUCUCCCGCGUGCAAGCGCGCCGCGCCGUGUGUUCCGCGUAGCCGAGCCGCGUCCCCUCCCUGUAGCAAGCCGAGCCGCACGCGAAGUCCCCAUACCGAGCCGAGCCGCGUCUGCACCAAGCCGAGCCGGUCCUGCCUUCUUCCAGCCGAGCCGCCAAGCCUGUUUUGGCUCCUUCCACCUAAAUUUUUGAAGCAAAUUGGACCAAAUAGCUGCUGCAGCUUAGGACUUCCUCAGUAGGAACUCAUCUAGCAACAUCUCGAGGAAGAAUGCCGCCACGUAGAGGUGCACGCCGAGGAGGUGGCAGGGGAGGCAGAGGAGCCGGUCGUGGCCAACCGGCGGAGCAACCUGCCGCGCCGCCAGUCAACCCCGACGUACCAGUCAACCCUAAUGCACCGGUCACUCAGGCGGAUCUCGCCGCAAUGGAGCAGCGUUACCAGGCCAUGCUGCAAGCUGCUCUAGCGCCGUUCCUCGCUGCUCAGCAGAACCAGGCCGCCCCUGUUCAGGACCAGCCUGUAGUCCCUCCAGCCCCUGUUCAGGACCAGCCCGUCAUCCCUCCAGCCCCGGUGGAAGCCCAGCCGGUGCCAGUACAACUGUCAGCUGAGGCCAAGCACUUGAGGGAUUUUAGGAAGUACAACCCGAAGACUUUCGACGGAUCCUUGGACAACCCCUUUAGAGCCCAGCUGUGGUUGACAUCCAUAGAGACGAUCUUCAGGUACAUGAAGUGCCCAGAAGACCAGAAGGUGCAGUGUGCAGCUUUCUGUUUGGAGGAUAGGGGGACUGCCUGGUGGGAGACUGCUGAGAGGGCGCUGGGAGGAGAUGCCAGCAAGAUCACAUGGGAGCAAUUCAGGGAGAGCUUUUAUGCUAAGUUCUUCUCUGCCAACGUGAAGCACGCCAAGCUCCAAGAAUUCCUAAACUUGGAGCAAGGCAAACUGAGCGUGGAACAGUAUGAUGCCGAGUUCGACCUGUUGUCCCGUUUUGCCCCUGAUGUGGUAAGGGAUGAGGCCGCCAGGACUGAGAGAUUUGUUAAUGGCCUCAGGUUAGACCUCCAGGGUUUUGUACGAGCUCUUCGACCAACCACUCAUGCGGAUGCUCUACGCAUAGCACUGGAUCUGAGCCUGCAUGAGAGAGCUGGUCAAUCUAAGGUUGUCGGCACAGGGUCAGCCUCGGGACAGAAGAGGAAGGCGGAGGCGCAGCCCGACGUAGUACCACAGCAGACUCCGAGGUCAGGAGGUGUCUUCCAGAGACACCGUCGGGAGCUGGCAGCAGCUGGGAGAACUUUGAGAGAGCUACCCACUUGUACUACCUGUGGGAAGGUCCAUGGAGGACAAUGUUUAGCUGGGAGUGGAGUCUGCUUCAGGUGCAGGCAGCCGGGGCACACUGCUGAUGCGUGUCCUCGGAAACCCUUAGAGACGACGCCACGUCAGCCUUCUGCUCCCCAGCAGGGGAGAGUCUUUGCCACGAACCGGCAGGAGGCCGAGCGAGCUAGUACGGUGGUGACAGGUACGCUCCCAAUCUUGGGGCAUUAUGCUUUGGUACUAUUUGACUCGGGGUCAUCGCAUUCAUUUAUAUCCUCUAUUUUUGUCAAGCAUGCGGGUUUAGAAGUAGAACCGUUGGGUAGUGCCUUGUCUGUCUCUACUCCUUCUGGAGAGGUCCUUUUGUCUAAGGAAAAAAUAAGGGCAUGUUGGGUAGAAAUAGCAAACCAUACCUUGAACGUAACUUUACUGGUGCUAGAUAUGCAAGAUUUCGAUUUGAGGGAAAGGAGGAAUUUGGUGAAGAUAUUGGAGAAAUUUGAGAGAGAAGGGUGA